AUGAUCAGAGAAAAUUCCACCCUGGUGACUGAAUUUAUUCUCUUGGGAUUAACUGAGUGUCAAGAGCUUCAGCCCAUCCUGUUUGUUCUGUUCUUUGUGAUCUAUCUGAUCACUGUUGUGGGGAAUCUUGGGAUGAUAGUGUUGAUCAGGGUAGAUUUUCACCUGCAUACCCCUAUGUACUACUUUCUGGCCAGUUUAUCUAGCUUGGAUUUAUGCUAUUCCACUAAUGUAACUCCCAAGAUGUUAGUGAACUUUUUAUCAGAAAAGAAAACCAUUUCCUAUGCUGCUUGUUUGGUCCAGUGUUAUUUUUUCAUUGCCAUGGUGAUUACGGAAUAUUAUAUGCUAGCUGUCAUGGCAUAUGAUAGGUACAUGGCCAUCUGUAACCCUUUGAUUUACACCAGUAAGAUGUCCAAAGGAGUCUGCAUCCGUCUGAUUGCUGGUCCUUAUGUCUAUGGGUUUCUGAGUGGAUUGAUGGAAACCAUGUGGACAUAUCGUUUGACCUUCUGUGGCUCCAAUGUCAUUAACCACUUUUACUGUGCUGACCCUCCCCUCAUCAGACUCUCUUGCUCAGAUACUUACAUUAAGGAAACAUCUAUGUUUGUGGUAGCAGGAUUUAACCUCACCAACUCCCUCCUCAUAAUCCUUAUCUCCUACAUGCUCAUUCUCAUUGCUAUCCUGAGGAUGCGCUCAGCUGAAGGCAGGCGCAAAGCUUUCUCCACCUGUGGGUCCCACCUAGUGGCAGUGACUGUGUUUUAUGGGACCUUGUUUUGUAUGUAUGUUAGACCACCCACGGACAAGUCAGUGGAACAGUCUAAAGUCAUUGCUGUUUUCUACACUUUUGUUAGUCCCAUGUUAAAUCCCAUCAUUUACAGUCUGAGGAACAAAGAUGUGAAACAGGCUUUUUGGAAACUAAUCAGAAAAAAAUAA